AUGGCAAUUGUGCUGUACAGGACUAACUCAGCCACCGCGGAGUUUGCCGGGCUUGCUGGCCAGACGGCCGCCCAGUUUUCCGCCGCCGUCAAGACCACUCUCCUCAUCGUCAAGUCGCUUAAAGAACCAUGGGUCGCGUUCGCACGAAAACCACCAAGAGGGCCUCCAGAGUCCUCAUCGAAAAAUAUCGUAAUUGAACUUAUUGUUCCAAUCGAUAGCUACCCCCGCUUGACCCUCGAUUUCCACACCAACAAGCGUAUUAUCGAUGAAGUCGCUGUUGUUCCCUCCAAGCGUCUCCGCAACAAAAUCUCGGGAUUCACCACCCACUUGAUGAAGCGUAUCCAGCGUGGUCCCGUCCGUGGUAUCUCCUUCAAACUCCAGGAGGAGGAACGUGAGCGCAAGGACAACUACGUCCCUGAAGUCUCGGCUCUCGAUACUUCCGCUGGUCUCGAAGUUGACCCUGAUACCAAGGCCCUCCUCGAGUCGUUGAACUUUGAUUCCAUCCCUGUCAAUGUCAUCGUCCCUGUUCUCGCCGCCCCCGAGCGUGGCCCCCGCCGCAGCCAGCGAGCUGUUCCUGGUGCCGCCCGCACAUGA